AUGUAGAAUCCAAAGGCUCAAGAAAUAAAAUAAUCAAGUUAUUUUGAUUAUAUCUUUGACUCAUGGAUUUAAGUUAAUGAAACAUCAAAAAUUUAAAUUCCUUAAUUAACAUAACCAAGUGUGUUGAGUUAAAGAUAGAAAAAAUUUAAAUGCAGCAAUAUAUUAAAUUAGAAUAAUGAUUACAUAACUAAAGUUAAAUCUCAAAAUCAUUAAAAAGAGCAAGAUGUAUCUCCGAAUUCAUUUCGAAAUAAUAUUGAUGAAUUUAAAUAAAAAGAAUAAAAUGUAUUAUUUUUAUUUAUAAAGAGAGUUUUCUAAAACAGUCAAUAAUUAGAUCUAAGGACAGGUCUCAUUCUGUUAGAAAGAAUUAAUAUGAAGAUUAUGAAGUAAAACAUGAAAGUAUAGCUAACUGCUCAACAACGAUUUCUUCAAAUGCUAAAAAUAGUAUACAAAAUUCAUUAAAUUUCUCUUAAAACUGCAAAUUAAUUCUUCCAAAAAUUAACUGUUUAAAACCUUAAAAAAUAUGCACUAAAAAAUUUAGAAUUGUAUGUAAAGUAAUUGGAAAAUUAGUUGUAUUAUUUCUCAAAAACUUGUCUAAAACAAGCCUACAGAGGGUAGGCAAUAUUCAUAAAUUAUAAAAAGUAUUAAAUCUUAAGAAUAUCUUCAAAUAUGAUAGAAAAAUAAAAGAGUCAUUAUCAAAUUCUUUUAGAGAAUGGAUUGAACCCUCUCUCAAAAAAAUAUAAUAUCAUCUUCAAAAUACAUUUGUAGAAUUAUCUGAUGAAAAAUUAUUGGACUUAAAAAUAUAGAAAGAUUAAGAAUAAAUUUGGACUUUAAGUUUUACAAAAUUUCUGUUUCAAAAUUUAGAACUAAUCACUAGAAAAGGGAAAAUUCCAAAAGAAGUAGUAAGAGCUAUGUCAAAAUCUUUAUACAAAGAAAAUAAUUUAUAUGUUUAGUUGUUUAUAGCUUAAAGAACGAAAUUUCUAAAAACGCCUUUCAGCCUUUUAGAAGCCUAGUUAAUAUGCUGUGAAUAUAUUUUAUUUAAUGGAAUCAUUAUCUAGCUAUUUGAGUUAGCAAAUAAUUUGAAAUAUCGAUCAUUCAACCAUAAUCUUAAAUGUAAAAUUUAAAUAUUAAUGUUAACAACCAUUAUUAAUUUAUUCUACAUUGAAUCUUUUAAACAUAUGCCAAUCAUUAAUUUUGAUAUAACAUAAGAGUAAAUAUACACAAGAAAGUUAUAUGUCACAACUGAUUAAGAAUAACAUCUCAAAUAGGUAGAUACAAAGGAAAUUAAUAACUCAGAAACUCUAAUUUUAGGAUUAUAGCAAUAUGAGUAUAUUAAAGGUUUAUUCUAAUAAAGGGAAAAAUAAAAAUAACAACUGUAAUUAAUUUUCAACAAAUUUAUUCAUAACCUAAGCUCUUAAAUAGAUAUAUCUGAAUGA